AUGGAAGUAAUGAUCAUAUGCCAGAUCCUCUGUAAAGUUAUCGCAGCUUUUCUACAUUACUUCUUCUCAGCUUCCUUCUUUUGGAUGCACCUGGGUGCAUUGCAGCUCCAUCUUAUGGUACAAAAUCUUAAGGCCAUCAGGGCCUUCAGAUCUCACAUCAUCCCAGGGAGAGUCAUGUAUUCUGUUGGCUAUGGGAUACCUGCUAUAAUUGUUAUGGUUUCUGCAUCCAUUUAUCCUGAUGGAUAUGGAACACAGAAUGUAUGCUGGCUGAGUCUGAAACAAGAAUUUCGAUGGAGUUUCAUAGGACCAGUAUGUUUUGUCAUCGCUAUAAACUUAAUCCUCUUUAUUAUAACUAUUGGCAUGUUGCGAGAAAAACUUUCAUCAGUCAAUAAGGACGUUUCAACCAUCAACAACACGAGGGCACUUCUCUUUAAGGCUGUUUCUCAGUUCCUUGUUCUGGGUUGCACAUGGAUAUUCGGCAUCUUCCAGUUUCAAAAGGGGACCCUUGUGAUGGCAUACAUUUUCACAAUAUUGAACAGUUUCCAUGGAGUUUUUAUGUUUCUGCUCUACUGUCUUUCUAACAAACUGGUAGUGGAUGAAUUGACAAGUGACCUUCAUUAA